CAAUAAGCUCUCGUAGCAGCAGCAUGGUCCGCCUCACCAAGGUCUCGUACCUCUUUGUGCUCCUCUGCACCAUCAACAUGCUCAACUACAUUGACCGGGGCAUCAUCCCCGGGUCGCCCAAUACGUUCCAGAGCUUUAUCAACAAGGCGCUCGAGAAAAACGGGACCGCCGAGGCCAACACGUACAUGGGUCUCCUCGUCUCGGCGUUCAUUGCGGGCUACUCGGUCUUUAGCAUUGCCUUUGGGUACUGGGUCAUCUACUACCGUCCCUUCGUGCUCAUCGCGGCCGGUAUGGCCACGUGGUGCGUGGCCAUGGUGCUCUGCGGGCUCUCGGAGCCGUUCAACAACCUCAACGUGCUCCUUGUCGGGCGCAUUCUCAGUGGCGUCGGCGAGUCGAGCUUCCAAGCGAUUGCGCCGUCCUUCAUUGACGACCGCGCGCCGCCGGCGAAGCGCACGCUCUGGCUCGGCAUCUUCUACUGCGGCAUCACGGUCGGCACCGCGGCGGGCUACUUUUACUCGGCACUCUUUGCGUCCACGAUCGGGUGGCCGUGGGCGUUCCACUUUGAGGGGAUCCUCAUGGUGCCACUCGUGCUGCUUUGUAUCUGUAGCAUUCCCAACCAGUACAACGUGCCCGCGGGUCUCGUGGGUCGCCAGCGCGCCCACACGAUGACGCCGCAGCUCCACCGCGCGACCGUCGAGUUCCACCAAGGUACCACGGACGCCGACAACGACCUCUCGCACGAGUGCAUCAUGCAGUCGACGUUCUCCCUCGUCGCGCAAGUCACGGAAGACGAGCCCGAGGUCAAGAAGGUGGCGUUGCACAUGGAAGUGCUUUCGAUCCUCAUGUCGCCGCUCUUUAUGCUGGUUGCGCUCGGGUCGGCCGCGUACAUCUUUUCCAUCUCGGGGCUCGGCGCGUUUGGCCCGUCGCUGCUCAUUGGUCUCGGCCUCUUUGAAGAGAGCUCGGCCGCGAUGGUUUUUGGCGCGAUCAUCGUCGUCGCUGGUACGAUUGGCACGCUCCUCGGCGGCCUCUUCCUCGACCGGUCGUGCGCGCUGGACCCGGACAACGAGGAGUUCCGCAUGUACAAGGCGACGCGGCAGCUGUGCAUCAUGCUCGCCACCGGCACGGCCUUCCUCGUCCUCUCCUGGAUCGCACUCGAGUGGGACAAGGUUCUCUCGAUCGGGAUUCUGGCGAUUGCGCUUGCGUUCCUCUUUGGCUGCGUGCCGGCGUCGGUCGUCGCCAUUCUGCUCUCGGUCGAUAAGCGCCGGCGCGGCCUUGCGCUCGGCAUCAACACGCUCCUCGCGCACCUUCUCGGCGAUGUCCCGUCGCCCAUCGUCCUCGGUAUGCUCAAGGACAAGUGGGCGCCGCACUGCAAUACGCUCGACGACGGCGUCUCGCUCAACCCGCUCUGCGCCAACGACCGGGACGGGCUCAAGCAAACACUUCUGUUCCCGUACCUCUGGCUCAUUUGGGCGAUCGUGCUCGCGGCGAUAGCCGUCGAAGUCUCGCGCCGAAAACUGCUCAAGAAGAAGCUCGCGAUUGGCAUGGCGCGCCGCGAGACCCACGUGGUUGUCGUGGCAACGUAAGCGUUUGUGUCUAUGUAAUAUAAUCUAUCUGGGACCACACAAGCGGUCCAACAUAUUCCGA